GCGACGGGGCCGGGUCAGGAAGCUGGGGGUGGUGGUGAAGGGCCUGGCGCAGCCGGGCAAACCGGGGUGUCAGGAGCCGGUUUCUGGGGAGCCAACGGCGCGCGGUGGAACCCGGGGAGAAAUGAAAGGAUAGAUCACUAAAGUAGGGAUGAAUGUCCUCACUGCCCCAGAAUCCGAGCGUGCAAGGAUCUCACAAAAUUGCCCAUCUUGGCCUUGAACUUGUGAUCCUCCUGCCUCAGCCUCCCCCAGUUGCUGGGAUUACAGUAGGAAGAAAGAUAUAAAAAUGAAAAAACAGCAAUGUGUGCUUCAAAUGUGGCAAGAAAAGAAUAAGGGCUACUGGUUAUAAUUGCCUGAGUUCAGGAUUUCAUGCUGGAAGGAAUUGGACAUAAAUUCUGUUUUCUUAAUUCCAAUACAUAUCUCUUGGAAAACUUCCAAAAAAGGAGUUUGUUGAAGAAAAAUGUGCUUCUUGAAUCAACUGCAGUCUCUCCUCUACACAAAGAGCUCUUAAGGCUUCUAACAGGAUAGAAGCAAAUUAAACUGAAAGCUCAUUUGCAGCUCAGAAAAACAAAGACAUGGAGUUUUGAGGAGUGAAGGUAGUAUGGUGUCGGCCAUGGGUGAUCAGGACACAGCCAGACCAUGUGGACCAAUUUCUUCAAACUGCGAUUUUUUUGCUGUCUGCUUGCAGUGCUGAUGGUGGUAGUGCUGGUCAUCAUUGUUACUGAGGUAGAGUACUUGGACCAUGAGACUGUUUCAGCCACAUUCAUCGACAGCAGUGGGCAGUUCGUUUUAUCCCAGGCUACAGGCAUUAGCCGAAAUCCCUACUGUGGCUAUGAACACCAGACUCUGUCCAGUCAGGAACGUUUGGAGGAGGACUCCUUGUUGGCCGCCUUACAGUGGCAGGGGCCUGAUGUGGGCCUAGUGCCUUUCGUGAAGAGCACUGACCCUUCUUCUAGCUACUUUGUCAUCUUGAACUCUGCAGCUUUCUUCAGGGUGGGAAGCCAACUGGAGGUGCUGGUUCAUGUGCAUGAUUUUCAAAGAAAGCCCAAGAAGUAUGGUGGAGACUACUUGCAGGCCAGAAUCCACUCCCCGAAGCUGCGGGCAGGGGCUGUGGGCAGAGUCGUGGACUAUCAGAAUGGGUUUUAUAAGGUUUUUUUUACUUUGCUCUGGUCAGGCAAAGUUAAAGUGUCCAUAUCUCUGGUUCACCCAAGUGAAGGGAUCAGAGUUCUUCAGCACCUACAGGAAGAGAAACCUGACAGGGUUUAUUUUAAGAGUCUCUUCCGUUCAGGAAGGAUUUCUGAAACCACUGAGUGCAAUGUGUGUCUUCCUGGGAGUCUACCCCUGUGUAACUUUACGGAUCUCUACACUGGAGAGCCCUGGUUCUGCUUCAAACCAAAGAAGCUCCCUUGCAGCAGCAGAAUUAACCAUUACAAAGGUGGAUACCUGAAGGGCCUUCUAACUGCUACAGAGAGUGCUUUCUUCCAGAGUGGUGUCAAUAUCAAAAUGCCAAUCAAUUCCAGUGGACCUGAUUGGGUGACUGUGGUUCCCAGGAGGAUAAAAGAAACUAACAAUGUAGAAGUACCUGAAGGCUCAGAAACUUUUCCUUCUGGGUAUUAUUACAAAGACCAGUGGAGGCCCAGAAGAUUUAAGAUGCGCCAUUUUAAUGACCCUGACAACAUUACAGAAUGCUUACAAAGAAAAAUGGUGUAUUUAUUUGGUGACUCGACAAUCAGGCAAUGGUUUGAAUACCUCACUACAUUUGUUCCAGACUUAGUGGAGUUUCAAAUGGGUAGUCCCAAGAAUGUGGGUCCCUUCCUUGCAGUGGACCAGAAGCACAACAUCCUGCUCAAAUACCGCUGCCAUGGUCCACCCAUCCGCUUCACAUCUGUCUUUAGCAAUGAUCUCCGUUAUGUGGCAAAUGAACUGAAUGGGAUUGUGGGAGGGAGGAACACAGUGAUUGCCAUAGCCCUAUGGUCUCACUUCAGCACCUUCCCCUUGGAAGUGUAUAUCCGUCGACUCAGGAACAUCCGUCGGUCAGUGGUCCAGCUCCUGGAUCGAAGCCCUAAGACUGUGGUGGUCAUCCGGACAGCCAAUGCCCAAGAACUGGGGCCUGAAGUGAGCCUCUUCAACAGUGACUGGUACAACUUUCAGCUGGACACCAUCCUUCGGAGGAUGUUCUCAGGGGUUGGAGUAUAUCUUGUUGAUGCCUGGGAGAUGACCCUGGCCCAUUAUCUACCCCACAAGCUGCACCCAGAUGAAGUUAUUGUGAAGAACCAGAUGGACAUGUUCUUAUCUUUUGUGUGCCCCUUGGAGACCUAGCUUGUGCUAGAGGGGACUAGAUGAAUCACAUUCUGUGACCUCUCCAAUUGACUCAUGGUACAUAAAGUUUGUGGGUGACCCCAUUAUGAGAUGGCUACCAUCAAUAUAUGUAACACUUCAAAAAGUGCUGUACUUUAUAUGAUGACCUGUAAGGAGCUUGGAAAAUUCAGGCUAUAUUUAUAUCUACCUUUAGGAUUUUUUCCAAUUGACUUAACCAUGGUAGAAUCCUUAUUAACAGCAUCUACACACUGUAUUGCCCUUGUAACCAAAGAUGCUAAUGAGUUUAUUUGAACUAGCUUCUGGGAGUGGAGACUACUAUGUUAAAGCAUGUGAGAAAUGUUUUGAUGUAAAUGGAAGGGACAAAUUUGGUUGUCAGUGGAAGUGUUCGUAGCUAUGUGGUAAAGGAAAUUGAAUAUAUCUGCAUGAAUAGUACAAGUGGUCCAUCUUUGGGGGGGUUGUGAAUUAAAGAGGGCUUAUAGUUACAGGCUCCUGUGAACACACUGAAGAUUGCAGUGUCCCAGGAGUCUCUCUUGAUCUACCUUUUCUGAAUUACUUGAAAAGGCCAAUGUGCUUGGUCAGAAUUUUAUAGUGUGGGAUAUUAAUAAUUUCCCUCUUUUAUCUAGGAAAGAAGUAAAGGGGAAAUUAUGAAAGCAGUAUAGAUAAAAUCUGUGCUUUGAAUUGAUAUUUGCAUUGAAUGAUUGUUUCUUAUUUGGCUCAGCUAAAUUUUUGUGCAACAAGUAUUUAUUCUAAAAAUAGCCAUUUUUGGAACUGAAAGGGGGAAAUCUAUACCCAGAAGUUUAUUUUUAUGUUCUAAAGUUUGAGGGCUUUUAAGAAUUGACUUUUAUGUAAAGAAUGCUAUUUAUUAUUAUAAAGAUGUAGAAGUUUUUUCCUGCCAAUUUCAAGUGUUUCUUUUUUGGUUAUUUUGAACUACAUACCAAAAUUAGAAGUUAAAAUCUAAUUAGAUAUUAAUAAAAUCAGAUAUUAAAAUUCAUGACAGGUAUUUCUUGAUUUAGGCAUGUGUAUACACAUUCUCUCAUGCUAAAAACCAUUUAAUUGUCAAUUUUAUUUGACUAUCUCAUUAGUUUUAAAUGAGUUGAAGUUAAUUUGGGGUCAUUUAGUAAGUACUGUUCUAUGCUAGAUUACAGUCUAGUUUUAGUUGUUGCUAGGUAGACACAUGAAGAAGGUUUUAGAGGUAAUGAUGGAUGCUUAAAGCAUGAGAAGUAUGCAUAUGUAGAAGAAUAAGUCAAAGAAUUUGAUUUUUUAACUUAGUGUCUAAGAUCUUCCUUUCCUGUUCUUAAAGAUCAUCAUUUAUAAUACAUUUUACAGCAAGAGAAUUUUUGUUUUCUGAACCUGAAGAGGACCAAAGUAGUUAAAUUAAUUUUAAUGGACCUUAAGCUUGUUAUAUUUGAUAAAAUUUGAUAAAAUUUCAGAAUUAGGAUCUGCUUCCAGGAAUUGGGGAACUAACGUUUAUGACAAGAGGCCAGUGAUUCUGAUGCAGGAAGGUGGAACCAGGGAAUAAGACUGCUUGUCUACUAUUUCAAGGGCUUACCAAUAACUUAAUUCUGAUCAUGAUCCAAUAGUAUAGGUGGUAGUUUAUAGAUGAAGAACUUGAAGUUGGAUUUGAACUAAGGUAUGUGGGAGUUCAGCGUCUUAGAAUUUUGUAAACAAGUUUUUAAAAAAAUUUUUUUGGUACUCGGGAUUGACUCAGGGGUACUUAACCACUGAGCCACAUCCCCAGGCCUUUUGUUGUAUUUUAUUUGGGGGUAGAGUCUCACUGAGUUGCUUAGGGCUUCACUAAGUUGCUUAGGCUGGCUUUGAACUCUGGAUCCUCCUGCCUUAGCCUCCCAAGCUGCUGGGAUUACUAGCAUUAUGCCCAGCAGAAGUUUUAUUUUUUGAGAACUUUUUGGCACUUUCUCUAGAAGGAUUGCUGGAGCAAGCUGAGGAGUCACUUUUUCAGGACAAUUUUAGGAAGAAAGCAAACACUGAAUCUCCAGGGGUUUGGAGUGAGGCUGCUGCAACUGAUUUCCUGUGACCUUGUCCAGUUUUAAUUACUUUUUAAUUUGGUUACUUAAGGUUCUAAAGAUUUGUUGACACAGUGGUAGUCUUAGUCACUUUCAUUCCUCUUUUGUCUUUCUGCAUCAUGUGUAAACUUUGAUAUAAAUUGAAAUGUUACAUAAACCUUUCUUUUUUAAAAAAUAUUUUUUAGUUGUUGAUGGACCUUUAUUUUUAUGUGGUGCUGAGGAUCAAACCCAGUGCCACACACAUGCUGGGCAAGCGCUCUACCACUGAGCCACAACCCCAGCCCUACACAAACCUUUCUUAGAACAAUUAGAUAUGAGUAUUUGUAAUCUGAAAAUCCAGAACCCCAAAUGCUCCAAAAACCAAAACUUUUAGAGCACCUGACAUGAUACCACAAGUGAAAAGUUGUACACCUCACACCUCAUGUGAUAGGACACAGUCAAAAAAGAUGCACCAAAAAUGUCACAUAAAAUUAUCUUUAGGGGGCUGGGGAGAUAGCUCAGUCGGUAGAGUGCUUGCCUCUCAAGUACAAGGCCCUGGGUUCGUAUCCCCAGCACCGCCAACAA